AUGAAGGCAUUCGGGAUUCUCCUCUUCAUACUUCUGUCACUUUUUGAUCUUGGCCAAGGAUCCAAGCUUGCUGGCUCUAGCGAAAUGCUCGCCAUGUACAACGCAUAUGUGUUGGACUUUCUCAAGAACGGAGCAGCACGUACUUUGGGACCGAACCUUGAUCAUGAGUCAUUGGUUGACUUCGGGACCUUUGUGUCGAGGAUCUAUGUGAAUGCAAAGCUCCCUCGAGAUGGGGUUUUCUUGAGCAAAACCCCAGAAUACAGCCAGGAUACAUUGGGCCAAAUCAACCAAUUCUUGAGAAAGAAGGACCAAUACGCCACAGAUGAACUGCUACGAAAGGGCGAUUCCGGGGAGGGUAAUCAUGAAACCAUGCUACAGCGGCUCACUGAUAUAGUGAAGUCCACCCGGGGUAGCGACGCGUCGGGCUUCUCAGAAGCGUGGAAACUCCACCUGCCCGAAUUCAAGCGAGCUUUGGCAGGUACCCAAGGAGCGCGGCUGAGUGACAUGUUCAAGCAAAGUCUGAAGCCAUUGUUUGAGAAAGAAUAUCCUGGGAAGACUCUGAAGUCUUCGUCGUUUCCUGUGAUGGACACGGACGUUAGAUUCGAUCGCGAGAACUGGGGAAUGACCUUGACGGCCAAUGAUGAACCAGAAACCAUGGCUCAGAAAUAUAAGACUUGGUAUGUUGGUCUCAGAGAGGAUAAAAGUUGGAAGGCGAGGUCUUACAUCUCGCAUCAAAAGAUUACCACCUCUAUCGGUCGGAGUUUGACUAUGUUGGAUAGCUUAGAUAGCUGUGAUUAG